GGGCAGGGACAGGGAGCAGGCAGCAAAGGCAGAAGAGCCCAGAGCAGCACUGUGAGCAGAGUGGUGAGAGCAGAGCCAUGGAGCAGUACUUCUCAGCCACCCAGAAGAUGGAGCAGGAGGUGAUGUUCCCCAGCCUGCUCCGAGGAGUCUUCCCACAGGAGGAGGGGGCAGACCCAGCCACGGGAGGCAACACAGACCUCUAUGAGCGCUACCAGCUCCUCAAGGCCAUCAAACCUGUGGUGGAGAAAGGCCUGGCCUCUGUCACCGACCAGAGCCACGGUGACACCGAUGCCGACGCCGAUGCUGCCUCAGAUGACAAUGACAGUGAGGACCCUGUGGAUGCUCAGCUGGAGAGGCGCCUGUCCCACCACCUCUCCGGCUUGCAGCAGGUCCUCACCCACCUCACCAGGGACACCAAUGCCCUGACCCGACGGUACAGCCAGAUCCUGGAGCAGAUCAGCCCCACCGAGGGCCAGCCCAGCUGGUGACCCUGCCACAGCCACCAGGAUGGCUGCUGGUGACACCCCAGAGAGGACAUCCCCAUGGCUGACCCAUCACAGGCCCCAGGCCCACUCAGCCAACCCACACCCUGGCAGCUGAUCUCCCAGCACUGGAACCACUGGAACCUCGGUGAUGGCUGCAACCACUGGAGACCCAGAUGGCACCUUAUCCUCAUAGGAAGAAGCAUCUGCUCCUGCUGGGAGGUCCAUUGGACUGCACCCCUCGUGCCCUCCUCUUUAUUUUCAAAGAGCAGCACAAAGGUGGUGACGUUGCUGGGUGGCCCCAACCUCCAAGCUUCCCCUGGGACUGCCCAGCCCUUUUCCAGCUGGUACCUGGACUCGGAGGGCCUUUUCCCCAAGUUUUGCUAAUAAAACCAUCCCUGAGAA